GUGAGUUGGAGACUUUUUUUUUAUUAAACCUAGUUUCCUAAUUGGUUGUGGCGUACUGCUGGGACAACCCGGAAGUGAUUCCCGCAGAGGCUGGCCGCGUGGGUUCACCUUCUGGGGGCUUGGCGUGGGUAUUGCCGCGUCGCCGCGAUGACCAAAAUAAAGCCAGACCCGGACGGGCCGGAGGCGCCGACGGAGGCGUGCUGUGGGGAGCGCACUUACCAUGAGCUGCUGGUCAACCUGAACCCCAUCGCGCAGCCCCUGGCCUCCCGCCGCCUCACGCGGAAGCUCUACAAGUGCAUCAAGAAAGCCGUGAAGCAGAAGCAGAUUAGGCGCGGCGUGAAGGAGGUUCAGAAGUUUAUCAACAAAGGCGAAAAAGGGAUCAUGGUUUUGGCGGGAGACACACUCCCUGUUGAGGUAUACUGCCACCUCCCGGUUAUGUGUGAGGACCGGAAUUUGCCCUAUGUCUAUAUCCCCUCUAAAACGGACCUGGGAGCAGCAGCUGGCUCCAAGCGCCCCACCUGUGUGAUAAUGGUCAAGCCCCACGAGGAGUACCAGGAGGCCUAUGAUGAGUGCCUCGAGGAGGUCCAAGCCCUGCCCCCGCCACUGUGAAGGACUCGGGUAGCAACCUGGCACCUGUUCUGGAAGCUGCUGUGUGGGCAGUGGGCCAACCGGCUGCCACCCAUGCUCCCAGCAUCUCCUCAGUUGCCUGAGGCAUGUAUUCUUCCCAGGCAGCUCCAACAACUACUUCAUGAGGAUAAAGCCAGCAUCUUCUCAAUCA